UGCCUCUCCAUAACCUCAAGCACUUAAAUGCAUUUCUAGUAUCACGUUGUGUUCAGUCUAACUGAACUGAUGUUGUGCAGCAAAGUGCAGCGGCCUCUCAGCUACGAGUGACAUGGCUUUCACUGACUCUUUUUUCCAGCUGAAGAAUCACUUUAUGGAGCUUUCAUACACGGUCCUUGUUUCCAGCUUUUCGGCACUCUUUGAAAAGCAGAAUCAAAAUUGAGCAGGUGAAGUUCAGGGGAGCGCUAAAGCCUGCGGGGGGCUUCAGUACAAGAUGAGAGAAACAUGCUGCCCGGCACAGGGUGAGUGUCAGCAUGAAGGUGAGCUCCUUCCAGGAGGUCAGAGAGAGAGGGACAGCGUACUGGACAAGAACCCUACUCAGCGAUACACCGAGGAGAAACGCCUCCUCACCAGGGAGAAGCUGUCGAUCCCAGUAGUACCCAGCAGUAGUGCGGUGACCGGCUGUGGGCUAUCUCCUCACUGUCUCCCUCAAGUAAGGCAGGACUUGCUCCCGGAGGGCCGCCGGAGGGGACACGUCCCAGCCGGCAGCGGCACGUCCCCCGCCCGCCUUCCUGUCUUGACGAGGCGCCGCUCGCCGCCCGCCCAAACCCGCUCCCUCAGCCCCAGCGGCCGUCCCCGCCACACGAAGGCGCAGGGGGCGGCGUGCGCGGGAACGCGGCGGCCGCGGAAGGGCUCCGGGGAGCCCGCUUUCUGUGGCGGCACAGAGCCCUCCUCCUCGAGCCGACCGAGCCUCCCCGCUCCGGCCGGCCUCCCCCUGCAGCAUGGACCGCGGCGCGGCGGCUGAGGCAGCCGCGCAGGCACCGGCGGGAGCGGUGAGCGCGGCCGGGAGCUGGAUGGCGUCGGCGGCGGGACCUCGCCCGGCCGAGAGGGACUGAGGCAGCGAGCCCGGCAACCCCGCAGCGAGGAGGGGAUGAGCACCUGGGCGGGCGCAGCUCCGCCCCGCAGGUAGCCAGUGCCUCGGGGUCCGGGCCGUGUGUGGCAGAGAAGGGGUCACAUAGCUUUUCGUGUGAGGGGACGGUGUCGCCGCCCGGGGCUGCGGGUCCCGGCUCCGGCAGCGGCCCCGGGCCGGCCCUGCCCUGCCCAACUUUCCUCGGCGUGGCAAGAAAUCUGCCGGGGCGCUGCCGGGCUGCUUUGACGUCUUGAUCCUCCCAGAGAACUUAACAGGAUCGCAAAGCCCUCCGAGCGGCUUUUGCCGGUGAGCCGGGCUUAGGGCGCGGGCCUCGGCCGGGAUCCGCCCGCGGAGGGGCGGCCCCGCGGGCCCUGCCCCGCCGACCCCGCCGGGCCGGGCCGGGCCGGGCCGGGCCGCCACGCCGGGGUGGGCCGCCGCGGGCCGGGAGCGGCAUCCGGGCUGGAACCGCGUCGGGGAAGGGCAGAGCUGCCUCUUCGUGUUGCUUGAGGAUAAAGGCCCCGAAGCGCCAGCCAGAAAGACAGUUUCUGAGUUGGGAUACUGAGGAGGAAAGCGUGCUGUCAUUUGGAUGUUGAUAUGUAAAGCAAAAUGGCAAAAAUCAACACCCAGCACUCCUACCCUGGUAUGCACAGACUGUCUGUCAGAACUACUGAUGAUGAUAUUGACAGGAUUGAAAACGGCUGCAUCAGAACCCACUCACUGUGUGAGGAUGUGUCUUCAGAACUGCAAAGAGUUGUUUCUGUGGAUGGAAGACAUGUAUCAGAGUCCCAUACGAGCUCAUUCACAGGCAGGGGAGCGAUGGCAAGGCUAUCACGAUUUGUUGUAUCUGUGAGGUCAUGGGCUACAAGACAUAUGCACCAUGAAGACCAAAGACCUGACUCUUUCCUAGAACGUAUCCGGGGGCCAGAGCUCAUAGAGGUGUCCACUCGGCAAAGUAACAUCCGCUCCUUUCUGAGCAUCCGUGAGCGGCCUGGGGGAGUAAACAGGAAGAAAAAACAAAUCUUUGUGAUAGAUCCUUCAAGCAAUAUUUACUACAACUGGCUGACCAUAAUUGCAGCACCCGUGUUCUAUAACUGGUGUAUGCUGGUGUGCAGAGCCUGCUUUGAUGAGCUACAAGAGGACCACAUUAAAUUAUGGCUGUUCUUGGAUUAUGGCUCUGAUAUCAUCUAUAUUUUUGACAUGUUUGUGAGAUUCAGAACAGGCUUCCUUGAACAAGGCUUGCUAGUUCAGGAUGAAAAGAAAUUGCGAGAUCACUAUACCAAAACUUUGCAGUUCAAACUGGAUGUGCUGUCCCUCGUGCCAACAGACCUGGCAUACCUGAAGUUUGGGUUGAACUACCCUGAGCUGCGAUUUAACCGCUUGCUGAGGAUUUCUCGGCUGUUUGAGUUUUUUGACCGUACUGAAACCAGGACAAAUUAUCCCAACAUGUUUCGUAUUGGAAACCUUGUCUUAUACAUUCUUAUCAUCAUCCACUGGAAUGCGUGUAUAUACUUUGCAAUUUCAAAGCUCAUCGGAUUUGGAACCGACUCUUGGGUCUACCCCAACGUGUCCAUCCCGGAGUACGGGCGCCUGUCUAGAAAGUACAUUUACAGUCUGUACUGGUCAACGCUCACGCUGACAACCAUCGGAGAAACACCUCCCCCAGUGAAAGAUGAAGAGUAUCUCUUUGUGGUCAUUGACUUCCUGGUGGGUGUCCUGAUCUUCGCUACCAUUGUCGGUAACGUGGGCUCCAUGAUUUCCAACAUGAAUGCCUCCAGGGCAGAGUUUCAGUCCAAAGUGGAUUCCAUUAAGCAGUACAUGCAUUUCCGAAAAGUGACUAAGGAUUUGGAAGCCAGGGUUAUUAAGUGGUUCGAUUACCUCUGGACCAACAAGAAAACAGUGGAUGAGAAGGAAGUUCUCAAAAAUCUGCCUGACAAGUUGAAGGCUGAAAUCGCCAUCAAUGUCCAUUUGGAUACACUGAAGAAAGUGCGUAUAUUCCAGGAUUGUGAAGCUGGACUUCUCAUUGAGCUGGUGCUGAAACUGAAACCUACCGUCUUCAGUCCUGGGGACUACAUUUGCAAAAAGGGAGAUAUUGGGAGAGAAAUGUACAUUAUUAAAGAGGGAAAAUUGGCUGUGGUGGCAGAUGAUGGCAUAACCCAGUUUGUAGUCCUAAGCGAUGGCAGCUACUUUGGUGAAAUCAGCAUCCUAAACAUCAAAGGUAGCAAAUCUGGCAACAGGAGGACAGCCAACAUAAGGAGUAUUGGUUAUUCUGAUUUGUUCUGCUUGUCUAAAGAUGAUUUAAUGGAAGCCCUCACAGAAUAUCCAGAAGCCAAAAAGGCUCUGGAAGAGAAAGGGCGACAAAUUCUGAUGAAAGACAAUUUAAUAGAUGAAGAAGCAGCAAAAGCAGGAGCUGACCCAAAAGACUUGGAAGAAAAAGUAGAAAAACUUGAAACAGCUCUGGAUACACUGCAGACCAGGUUUGCGAGGCUCUUAGCAGAAUACACCUCAUCUCAACAGAAGGUGAAGCAGAGACUGGCCAGAGUAGAAACCCGAGUGAAAAAAUACGGUAGUGGCACCUUGUCAAUUGGAGAAGCAGAGGGUGAAAAACCUGAGGAGGAAAAAAAGCAGUAACGGAGUCUUUAUACUUCCUCAUUUAUUUAUUGGAGAAGGUUGAAGCCUGUGAAAGCCAUAAAUGUAUGUAAAUAUGUGUGUGCAUAUAGACCUGAUUAUUUUUGUAUGAACUCAAGAGAAUGGGUUUUAGCAUUUUUAACUAAAGCAGUAUUUUCUUGUAAAUAGAACACUGUCAUCUUCGUAGGGGGAGAUUUGGUCUGGCAUUUGGGUACUUUUUUGUACUGGGAGUGGGUUUCUUACAUGUCAUGCUCAGAAUGUUUAUUGUGUGUGGUGUGUGUAGGUCUUGACACAUUGUCUCUUCCCACCUCUGUUGAGUUAAGCAGGUGUUGUACUUAAAGCAAACGGGAUUGGGGUUUUGUUAAAGGCUUCACAAAUAUUUAUAGAGUACAUGCUCUACCUUGCUACCUUAAUAGCUGAUCAAAUGUGUGGAUGAUCAUCUGGGCUUCUCAAAAUCUUUGUUCUUUCACAGUGAAGCACCUGCACAAGUGGUUGGACUACAGCUAAGCAGCAGCACGUGCCUGGCCUGUGCACGUGUAUGAAAUACCCGUCCACCCAGAUGCUUUAGUCUGAUUCUUUCUAAUGAGCUGGACUCUGCACAAAGGACCAUGCUGACAGAGGAGCAGUGUUCAUUCAUGUCCUGUCUGGCAUGGUCUGUGACAGUCUUUGCUGCUCUGCAACUGCUUUGCCUGGGGAGAGAGUGGAAGGUUUCCCCCCUUUCCCCACCCUGUUUUGUCAGCACAGCUCCAUCCCCACUGGUAAAACCCUCACAUGGAAGGGAGUCCCCAGAAGCUUGCUGGUGGGAGGCAUCUGUAACGAUAUGGCUCCACUAAACCUGGGCAGAGAACAGAGGGCCCAGUUGUGUGCAGCUCCUAUAUAGAGGGUCUUGAGUGAAUUCCCUCUCAGCAAGUGGUCAGUCCCCGAAGGAGGCUGCUGAGAACCCGCAUGGGCUGGCAGGACAGGCUGUCCCUGUCUCCAGCCAGCUUUCUCCCCCAGCAGGGUUUCUGCAAGGCAGGGAGAACAAGCUCUGUGUUCCAAAGUCAUUCUUGCCCUUAGGCCUAUGUUUUCUUUCUCUAUUUCAUGUAAGGAUGCCUAUUCCAGCUCCCUUCGCUACUUAGUGCCAGCUUUUCUCUGAACUGCCAUGUUUCCAUUAGGGAGAAUGAAGGCCACGUUUGCUGACAGGAGCCUAGUUGUGCUGGUUGCUUUUCUGCUCGCUGCAGCGCAGUUGUCUCUGCCAACGGUCUGGCUCUGAGGUGAGUACACAGGUCCGGUCCACUCAGCCUGCUGUGACAUUCAGGGCAGAACAGUACUGAGGUUUCUCACUGUCACAUUGCAACUGCAGGAUUUGGCUUUUACACACCCCUCUUAGCCUCCUCCACCCUGCUGCUCCCAGUUUCUUUCCAGGCUUCUCUCCCUCCCACUGAGGGGAUUUCUCUUACUUUCUCUCACUGGGAAGAUACUAGCUUUCAUGUUUCCGUACAGUAUCUUUCUGCCAUGUAGUUUUCUCUGUGUUACUUUUAUCAUCUGGUACCUCACUGACUUCAGAGAUGUAUGGAGCAGCAGAGGCUGUUCAGCAUCUAUGGCACGGGGGCUGGAUCCUCCAGCAGCAUUAGGUGUUACUUAAUUCUUCCCUGUGAGGGUGCUGAGGUGCUGGCACAGGUUGCCCAGAGAAGCUGUGGCUGCCCCAUCCCUGGCAGUGUUCAAGUCCAGGCUGGACAGGGCUUGGAGCAACCUGGUCUAGUGGAAGGUGUCCCUGCCCAUGGCAGGGGGGUUGGAAGCGGAUGAUCUUUAAGGUACAUUCCAACCCAAACCAUUCUGUGAGUCUAUGAUUACCAUGGGCAGUGCUCUGCCUUUUAGUUGUCCUCAGCCCUGGCUUAAGAGCCCUAACAGCACAUGGGAAUAGGUGGUCUGGUGAGAAACCCACCGAGAAGAGGGUGGGUUACGCAGAUGAUAGUGAAAUGCUAAACUGAGUACAGGUGCUCAGAGUAAGCACUCAUCUCUGGGCAAGCAGCUGUCCCCCUCCUAUUGACACUUUUGAGCCUGGUGGGAGACACAUCUGACAGUGACUAAGGAAUGGGGCUUUGCCAGCACUCUGCCAAAGGGACUGCCAGGUAGUAGAUGUCCACACACAGCCCAUGUCUAAGCUCUUGUUAUCAAUCAUCAGCCUAGAAGCCAACUAAACUUAGGGAUCUACUGUAGGCUGGGCUUAACCUCUGUUAUCAAGGUUUCCACUGACUGUAACAAGGGCUUUGGAAAGUAGCUGUGACUUACACAUGGCCGGUGGAGUUUGGGAGUCCUUCAGCUGAAUCUUGUCCUUAUUUUCUCUAAGAGCUUGAGACAAAUGGGGGAGGUAAGAGAGGUGCUUUUGGCAGGGGUCUGAGUGCCUUCCUCACCCCACACUGCGGAAGGCAGGGUUGAAGUGAGGCUGGGUUGGUACUGUAAGCACAGACAGUCACAGGCUGCUGAACUUGCAGCUCUCCGCUUGUAACAGGCAGGCACCACACGCGCCUGUAGCUGAUGUUCACUGUCAUGUUACUCAAAUGCCAUGUCUGGUAGGGUUUCAUACUCGCUGUCAUGUUCUACAUCACUCAUCGUUCUCUGUAAAUAUCCAACUACCUACCCAACAUCCUACAGCUGUUCCAGCCUACUAGGAAUAUACAGGUAGAAUUGUUUAAAGUAUUAUUUAUACCAAAUUUAUACCUACUAAAAACCCCCACAAACACAAGAAUGCUUCGUCAUCUGAUGAAUCAGAACAGCUUAAUCUAUCCAUUAAACACGUGUUUGCUCUUCCCUUUUCCGUACUUCUUGUCUGGUUUUCACAUGCCAGAAAAAGAGCUAUGUUGGUGCUAUUGGCUUCAGUCACUUUGAAAUGUAUAGCUUUUGGCAUGAUGAAAUUGCAUCCUUUUACAUCUUUCAUCUCUGUAAGAUGCUUUUCCCGCUUCUUUAAUGUGGCAGCAUGUACAUUAAAAUAUUCUGAGUAACAUUCAA